AUGGCGGCGCCGCCGGCGGAACCCUGCGGGAUGGACGGCUACCUCGGCCUACGCGACGUGCGGGUCGAGCUUAACCUAGGAGCGGCACGAGGCGGCGGAGAAGGAGGUUCGAGCGGGGGCGGCGGCUUCACCGUCUGCUUCUGGCUCUACCUCUCCGGCCCCGCGAGACCUUCCUCCGUGAUCCUCCACCAGAUAACUGCAGGGGGUGACAACAAGCUGCCAUUUCUCGCUUUAAGCGAAGGAAAUAGGCUGCUUCUCUUCCCAUUGCUGAGGUUGCAUAAAGAAGCUCCUGGCGCUAGUUCCUAUCCAUGGACUGACACGACCAAUAUAUCGGCUGUAAAUGAAUGCCCUCUUGAGAAGUGGGUACACAUUGGAUGCGAGGUUACUGAAAAUGUUAUGCGCCUCCACAUUGAUGGUGAUCUAGUUUCCGAGACCCAUCUUUGUGCGCUCCCUAGCGAGCCAGACAAUCAAGAUGAUGCAUACCAAAUUUGCUUAGUUGGAAAUAGUGACAAGGUCGAAGGCUAUGUCUACAAUAUUCAAGUGCUAUCUAUGCUAGGAACCAUACACAAGCAAUAUACAGAGAAUACACCAUCUAAGUUAUCUAUUGACUACUCAUGCUGCGAUGGAAUCGAGGUGGGCGAUGACGGCAUUUGGUGCAUUGUGGGUGGAAAGGCUUCUUGUCGGAGGAACUUCAUUAUGGAAGUAGUACUAACAAAUGCUUUUGGUGAACCUGUGAACAAGGAUACACAGAUUGUUGCUUCACUUGUCUAUGCUGACAAUGGAGCAGUAGUCGAAAAAUCAAGGGAUGAUGCAGAACCUCCCCUGCUGAUUGCCUUUGAAGGACUUGAAUACCCAGCUAAAAGCAGGCCUCUUCCAAUUCUCCGUGGGCGUGCACUAUUUAAGCUCAAGAUAUCUCAGCUAUCUUCUAAAUGUGACAACAAGCUGUUUCGCAUUUAUUUCUCUACACUUCACGUGCAAAAAUAUCCUUUUCUGGAGGCAUCUUCCAAACCAGUUCGCUGUAUAUCUCGAGGCCGUCCCAACCGUCCAAUGGGUCCUCGAAAACGGACAAGUUCUGCAACAGUUGGUGAAAUUCAAUCAGUCAACAAUCAUCAAGGGUUUGGUCGUGAUGGCAAAGUAAACGCUUGCUUACAGUCUCAUGAUCUGGCGUGUUUGCAUCCGUCCAAGUUUCUCAAGGUAGAAGUUGAUGGCAUAGAGACUCACAAAAUAGCAACCCAGAGUGAGCAGGACAGAAAAUUGGUGUUGGAAACACCAAGUGUCACCAGAACUGACUCUACAACAUCUGACUCCGACAGCAUUGACGGGGGGAGUUCUUGGAGUGGAUCAGAUAGGGAUGAAGUUGAAACUUUUUCGGAUGCUAUGGUCUUCAGAUAUUGUCUAGAAGGCACAUGUGAGCGGUCAACUUUUCUUAAAGGUGCAGCUUCUUCUAUCAAUGUGGAUGACUUGAUAGCACUUGCAAAUCAGGUCUCUUUGUAUAGUGGAUGCUCCCAUCACAGAUACCAAAUAAUUAUUUCAAAGCAAUUGCUCGAAGAGGGCGCUGACACUUGGAGCAUAAUUUCAAAGAACAAGGAGCGUGCUCUGUGGUCAUCUGCGGUUCCUGAAAUCGUGGCAAAAUUUAUGGACAUUUCCCGUUCUGCAAAUAGAGGUUUGUCAGAACAGGAUUUGGAGGUUCUAAGAGGAAUUGCCGGCUGUGGUGAUGAUCUUGGAAGGGACGAAUUUGAUAGGCUAUGGUAUUGGCUAUACCCAGUGGCUGCUUCUCUUUCCAAAGAUAAAAUCAACAACCUGUGGGCUUGCACAGAACCUGUAUGGAUAGAUGGAUUGAUUACUAAAGAGGAAGCUGAAAAUGCGCUAAGAAGUUCGAGGGAACUGAUCAGGAAGCCGGGAACAUUCAUUCUCAGAUUCCCUACAACACGAAGUUGGCCACAUCCCGAUGCUGGAAGCCUUGUUGUGACCUAUGUUGGCUUUGAUAACUCAAUUCAUCACAGACUUCUCUCCCUAGAUUUCAGCGCUGCUAGGGCUGGGAGCCUACAAGAUUUGCUGCUGCAGGAACCUGAAUUACUCCAGCUAGGCAGGGUUGAUCGCCUACCAACUGCCAUGAGAAAUUAACCCAGUGUGCUAUGGGAGGCAAUGCAGCAAGGUGAAGUUAUCUGUUGUCGGAGAAGGUGAAUAGUUGAUGGCAUGCUUCCGAAGGGGCAAAGGCGGCCACAAGAGCAGUUAGUCGGUUUCCUGUUAGAUUUUUUGCCUGCACAAAUGUGUAAAUGUAGCGAUUUAUCUGAAACAGAUGAUCCUACUGUAGAGUUAGGCAUGAUGUAAGUCAAACUUGAAGGUUUGAUAUGUUGUAGUUCAUGUAUACAAGCUGACAGUCUGGAAUGUAGAUUAUUUUUGCAAAGUUGCCUGCACAUCCCAUUCUCAUGUCGAA